AUCACUCAGAUUCUCAGAGAGGGAUAGAGAUACACAUUGUGUGCGUAUAUAGCGAUAGAUAUAAGGAUUAUAUACGUAUAUAACUAUACGUAUUUUUCUACAUUACUACUUCCAAUUAUUGAUCUUGAUUGUUUGAUUGAGUUAUUUUUCGGAUUCACAUGGCGGCGAUGGCGGUUCCCCCAGUGGCGAUGCAGGCGCAGUCGGUUGGGAGUUUGGUGGCAGCCGUUCCGCCUCUGAAUCAGGGUGCAGUGGUUGGAGGAGGAGCGGCGGGGGUAAUGUUCCCGAACUCGGCGCUGUAUGUAGGUGAUCUGGAGGCGACGGUGGAUGAGAACAAACUGUAUGAUCUGUUUAGUCAGGUGGCGCCGGUGGUUUCCGUUAGGGUUUGCAGGGAUCAGACUCGUCGUUCCUCGCUCGGAUACGGCUAUGUCAAUUUUAACACUCCUAUGGAAGCUUCUAAUGCGAGGGAUGUUUUGAACUUUACCCCUGUCAAUGGAAAGCCUAUAAGGAUUAUGUUUUCUCAUAGAGAUCCUAGCCUCAGGAAAAGUGGAUAUGCUAAUCUGUUCAUUAAGAACUUGGAUCCUUCAAUAGACCAUAAGGCACUUUAUGAAACUUUUUCUGCCUUUGGAAAUGUGCUUUCUUGCAAGGUUGCUGUGGACACUAAUGAAAAUUCAAAGGGCUACGGGUUCGUGCAGUUUGAUAAGGAGGAAGCUGCACAAACUGCAAUCAAGCGAUUAAACGGCAUGCUGAUAAAUGAUAAGCAGGUCUAUGUUGGUACUUUUGUUCGUCGACAAGAAAGGAAUCAAGCAAAAGGAUCUCCAAGAUUUACGAAUGUUUAUGUGAAAAACCUUUCUGAAAGUACUACUGAGGAGAACCUUAAGAAAAUGUUUGAAAAGUUUGGUCCUAUCACUAGUGCAGUAAUUAUGAAAGAUCCAAAUGGCAGAUCCAGAUGCUUUGGCUUCAUUAAUUUCGAAACUUUUGAUGCUGCAGCUGCUGCAGUUGAGAAUUUGAAUGGAUCCUCAUUAGACGACAAGGUACUGUAUGUUGGAAAAGCUGAAAAGAAAGCUGAAAGGGAGGCAGAGUUGAAAGCCAAAUUUGAACGGGAGAGAAGCAGUAGAUUUGAGAAAUUAAAAGGCGCUAACUUGUACUUGAAAAACCUUGAAGAUAGCAUAAGUGAUGAAAAGCUGAAAGAGUUAUUCUCAGAGUUUGGAACCAUUACGUCAUGCAAGCUCAUGCGUGAUCCAAAUGGAGUGAGCAAGGGCGCAGGUUUCGUGGCCUUUUCCACCCCUGAAGAAGCUACAAAAGCUUUGAAUGAAAUGAAUGGGAAGAUGAUAGGAAGAAAACCGUUAUAUGUUGCAGUAGCUCAACGCAAAGAAGAAAGGAAGGCUUGGCUGCAGGCACAUUUCGCUCAGAUGCGAACACCUGGUACAGUGUCACCUUUGCCAGGAAUUCCGGGAUUUCACACCAGCGCACCAAGACUUGCUCAUCAGCAGCUUUAUUUCGGCCAGGUUGGUCCUGGACUUAUCCCUCAAGCUCCUGCAUAUGGAUUUCAGCAGCAGUUGCCUGGACUACAGUCAGGUGUUCCGUCCAAUUUUGUCAUGCCAUACCAACUUCAGCGACAAGGUCAGUCUGGACAGCGAAUGGGUUCAAGAAGAGGUGGAAAUCCUCAACAGCAGCAACAACAGCGCAACUCAAAUCAAGGCCUGAAUAGAUACAUGGCAAAUCCACGAAACGGUGCCAAUCCAUCAGUGGUUCCUCAAGGUCUAAUGGGGCCAAUGGUGCCACUGCCUCUCGACUCAUCUGCAGUUCCAGGAACUACUGCCUUGGAGAUGCCGCUCUCAGUUCCGUUAUCCAGAUCAACACUCGCUUCAGCUUUGGCUUCUGCUACUCCAGAGAAUCAGCGCAUGAUGCUAGGCGAACAGCUUUAUCCACUUGUGGAACGACUCGAGCCCAAUCAUACAGGAAAGGUAACCGGGAUGCUGCUAGAGAUGGACCAAACAGAGGUGCUUCACCUCAUCGAGUCUCCCGAUGCACUAAAGAAGAAAGUCGUAGAGGCUAUGGAUGUGCUUCGUCUAGCAGCGUCGGGCUCCGCCAUUGGUGAUCAACUCACCUCCUCUUAAGCUUCUAAGGGUGCUUUUUAUUCUAUUUGCUCGGAUUUAUGUCCGAGAAUGAAUUUAUUUUGUAGGCUUUGAGCUAAUGUUAGAGUUAUUCUUCGAAAAUUUGGGUCCCUUUUCAGUUGUGUUCAGUGACUAGACGUUGUAUUUAUGUUCUUUUCAAUUCUUUUGGACUCAAAAGUUAUUUAGAAAAUAAAUGAAG